AUGGUAGCGGAUGGUGGGGCCCUUAUCAACCUCGCUAACAACUUCUUCUUUGGAGAUGCCGUGCUCUUUGCUGCUGGCUGCAAGGUCUGCCCCACUGAAGUCAACGAGCCCAACAACCUGGACCUAUGGAACAUUUCCAAGUGGAUGGUCGGUGGCAAGUGUAACGACGCUCUGGUUAAUAACUCCGUGAUGGGGGCAGGCAGCGAGGUGAGGGUGAGCCUCUCGGGCAACUGCCUCACCCUCAGCCCGAAUGCGGGGUGCGCGUCCCACGCCAUCCAGCGCAGCAAGGCAGCCUGCAAGGCGCUCUGCAGCAUCACUGCCAACGGCCCGUGCGACGGCCAUGGGGAGUGUGUGCAGCCCGACCCCGCCUCCCCUUCCAAAUUCACGUGCCUCUGUGAUGCUGGCUACUCGGUUGUUGACUCGGGAAACGGCUCCACCUGUGCCAUCGUCUACUCGAACACCACCACUGGUAACACUUGCUUCAUUCAUUCAUUCUUACAGGUCUGCCUAUUCUUAUCUUACAGCCGUGCCUCUUCCUUGCAGCACUGCCUGUUCUUACAGCAGUGCCUCUUCCUUGCAGCACUGCCGCAUACUUGCAUACUGCCCCAAUGUCCAUGUCCAUGUCCUUGCAUCACGCAUCUCCUCACCUCAGCUCCUACCCUCCCAGUAAAACCACCUGUCUCCUUAACCUCCCAUUCCGUGGCAGUGUCCUCUCUGUCCACGGGUGCCAUACAUGCUUCUUUCCACCACAUCUCCCCUUCCUCUGCUUGCAUGGACGCCCUCCAGGCAAUGAAGCUGGUGGAGGCAUAUGAGCUGGAGGAGUUGAGGGACGGCAAGAUGCUGGCGGCAAGCGAGGAGGCCAUAGUGGAAUUUGCAGACCUGGCUCUGGACUGCAUCAAGUCUCCAGGCACACGGAGACCCACCAUGAAGGAUGUGGCAUACCGCCUCAGUGCCCUGAUUAACAAGCACUGUCCUGACAAGGAGGAUGAGUGGGAGAGUCUCGUGAAAGAAGAGAGUGAUAGCAACGAGGGUAUAACUUCAAGGGAUAUUUCUGCUGCGUCAUUGGGAGACAGUGGGAGGGAGUCUGGGAGGUCCUAUGGCUCACAGUCUGGUGUGAGCUUGUUCAUGCGCAUUGGCUCGAUAGGUGAUGGUCCAAAAAGUUGGCUGCAGCAACUGAAGCCAAACAAGGGGCGUUGA